CAAUAAACUCCCGUUUUAAUUUUACUUAUGCUACCAAUAUUUAUACAUUUAGCCACAAAUUUACAAUAAAUUUAAUACUCAAUAUUUUAAACCUUAUAUAAUUAAUAUUUUAAAGCCUAUUUCUAAUACUCAUGCUGGCACAAGUUAAUAAUGCCGCAGGUUCUCAGAGCACCACACGCUCAAACUCCUUCAAUAUUGAUCUAGAGAAAAAGUCUGUAGAAAUACAAUUGCUUGACAAAGACACUCCGGAUUAUCUGUCCAAGCCACCAACUAUAACUGACAUUGAAGAGUACGCCCCUGCUGGCUGUGCUUACGCUUGGGUCAUUGUUGCAUGUGCCUCACUAAACAUGAUGUGCACCAUUGGCAUUGCCAACAGCUUUGGCGUUUUCUCCACAUAUUACAUCAACUUCCUCUACCCCAACGAGUCCGCCGCAAAUAUUGCUUGGGUUGGUACGUCAAUUACCUUUUUUAUGCUUGUUGGAGCAAUUGCCACAGGUCCACUGACUGACAGGUUUGGCUUCCGCUUGGUAUCUCUGGCUGACGCAAUCAUCUGCAGUCUUGCUAUUUUACUUACGUCUUUUACCAAUGUUCUCUGGCAAGUUGUUUCGACGCAAGGUAUUGUGUUUGGAAUUGGCACUGCGCUUUUAUACUCACCAUCUAUUUCUCUUUCUGCGCAGUGGCAUGACAAGACCCGGCCAUUGGCAACCGCCAUUACUGUUGCUGGUUGUGGUGCUGGUGGUAUGGUUUUCACCGCAAUCACACAAAAACUGCUGGAUACAAUUGGAUACGAGUGGGCUCUCCGGGUUCUUGCCUUAAUAAUAUUGUGUAUCAGCGGAACAGCAAGCCUCUUAUACAAACGACGCGUACCGAUUCCCAAGGGCGGCGUAAACUUUGUGGCCAUUGCCAAGGAUAAGCAGUUGACAGCCGCUGGCGUGGCUGGGUUAUGUAUUAAUCUUGGAUCAUUUGUAAUUUGGUACUGCCUCCCGACGGCGGCACUGGCGCUUGGACAGACCAAGCAGGCGUCGACUAACCUAAUUAUCUACAUGAAUGCUGGCAGCACCGUGGGCCGAAUUGUAGCGGCAUUUGUAGCCAUGGCCAUUGGCCCCAUCAACCUCGUCAUUUUUUCGUAUUUGAUAUGUUCUACCCUCAUUUUAGUCGUUAUGUUAGCGGUUAAGAGCAUGGUUGCUUAUAUCGUACUUGCAGUUAUCUUUGGCUUCAUUUCUGCAAGCUACAUUUCUAUUACUCCACCACUGCUCACGGAGUUCUUUGGAACGCAGGCGGUUGCCACAGCUAUGGGCAUUAUGAACGCAUGGUGCUCCAUUGGUAUCCUCAUUGGCAAUCCGUCGCAGGGUGCAAUAUACCAAAAGUUUGAUCGCCCAACGGGUUCGUUCAUGGCAAUUACCAUUUGGGGAUCGUCGAGUCUCUUCCUUGGUGCCUGUUGCUUCAUAGUUUUGAAAACUACUGUCAUUAGUGGUAAACUGUAUCGUAUUUGGUCAAAGCUAUAA